GUGAAAUAUAAAGAUGAGUCGAAGAAAUGGCAACGGUCCUAAGCUGGACCUGAAGCUGAACUUAUCACCACCGAGGGCUAAUCGUAGAGUGGAAUCACCGAGCCGAUCAGCUACAGUUUCACCAAUAACAUCACCACCAAGCUCAUGUGUGUCUUCAGAGUUGAACCAAGAAGACACUGUGCCACACUCUAAUAGCCCUGAAGCUACUUCCAUGGUGCUUGUGGGUUGCCCAAGGUGUCUCAUGUAUGUGAUGCUCUCUGAAGAUGAUCCUAAAUGUCCCAAAUGCAAGAGUACUGUGUUGCUUGAUUUCCUCCAUGACAACACUGUGCAGACAAGGAACCAUUAGAAAAUAAUAAUAAUAAUAAUAAAUAAAAAUUAAGGCUUCCUUCUGCUGAUUCUGCCGCCAUGGGACUAGUAGACUCUUUGAGGAAGUGCUAUCUGGGCUCCAGUUUUCACUGCUGGAUUCCAUGUUAGAAUUAAGUGAUUGCUAGGAAUUAAAGAGAGGAAAUUAAACCUGGAGCCCAAAUAGCACUACUCUUUUUUUUUUUUUUCAAAAGAAAUUUUGUUUCUACCUAUUUUGUAGUCACAGUCACAGAACAAAGAAGUGAAGCUGUAUGAGCUCAGAGGAAGCAUGUGUGUUUGUGGUUUCUUUCUGGGUUCAGCUUUCUCUGCUUUUUAGCAGAAGACAAUGUAAGAAGGGUUAGUUGUAGUAGCCCAAAUUUUCCUAUGAAUCUUAGGCAGUUUAUAUUUUAUCCUCUUAA